AUAAAAUUAGGGGUUGUAAUUUUGUUUAUACCUUUUCCAAGCUUGAACGAGUUCCGAUUCAUUUCUUGGAUCGAACGGCUUUGAGAGGUUUGAUCUCCGCUCGUUUCGCCUUCGGGAAUUUUACAUCAACAAAUCCCCAUUCCGCUUCCUCCAAAUCAAUUUCCACCGCUUUCUUCCUAAAACUCUCUCUCUACCUCUCCUUCUUUCGGAAACGCGAUCUGUUGAAAUGGCAGCAGCGAGAACGGCCGCAAGGAUUUUUUCUCGAAGGUUCUCCGGCAGCGGGAAGAUUCUCAGCGAGGAAGAAAAGGCUGCUGAGAAUAUCUACAUCAAGAAAACUGAACAAGAGAAACUUGAGAAGCUUGCACGCAAGGGACCGAAACCAGAAGAAAAGCCGGUAGAGUCUGUAGCCGAGUCGAUUCCAAGUGGGUCAGCCUCCUCAGCGUCAGGAGCAUCAACAGAGAAGAUAUCUAGUGACAAAUACCGCAAUUAUGCUGUUGUAGCCGGAACUGUGACUAUUUUUGGUGCUCUUGGCUGGUAUCUCAAAUCUAAAAAGAAGCCAGAGGAAGUCCAUGACUGAGAUAGCUAACAGCAUGUAGUUUAUCCAUAUCAUCAGGAUCUGGAGGGAGGGAGGGAGGAGUUUGAGUGUUCUCUUUUCCUCUGCUGAAUAAUCCAGAAAUCGAGAUGCAUGUGGCUCUUGGUUUAUGAAUGCAAUUCUGUUCAGAUUUACGUUUCUCUCAGGAUAAUGGUUUCUUUUCACCCUUAUUUCUUUCUCUUGAAAAUUAACAGUGAGUUAGAGACAAAAAUAUGGUCUAAUUGGGUUUCAUUAUCA